AGAGAACCUCACUGAACACAGGAACGACGGCAGAGACCUGAGCAGAGAUGACAUCACCAGCUGACAACCAAAAACUCUCCAUGAACUUUAUCCAGAAGGAAGCCGUAAAUUACAGAAGAAGCAGAUAUUUUAUGCUGAUCACAGUGUUACUCGGGCUCGUCUGUGUUUUACUGGUGAUUGCCGUCUUAGUGCAACACAAUAAACUCUCAACAGAGAGAGAUCUGAUGAAGAUGAGCUACGUGAACGUGGAAUACAGUGAAGCUUUGAGCAGUCUGAAGAUGAAUUGUAGCCGUCUGAAUGGCGAGAGAGAAGAUCUACAGAAAAACCUCACCUAUAUGAUCCAGAAGAAACUGCAGUUGGAGGCCGAGCUGAAGAAGUGUAAUUCUGAAAGAGGGUCCUGCAGAUAUUUCAUAUCCAGUGAGGAGAAGAGCUGGUCUGACGGCAGACGGUUCUGCAGGGAUCAUGGGGCAGAUCUGGUCAUCAUCAACACUGAAGAAGAACAGAAGUUCAUAUCUUCACUCAUUAAGCAGACGACAUGGAUUGGUUUGUCUGAUACGCUGCAAGAGGGCGUCAUGAAAUGGGUAGAUGGUACAUCAGUGAAUAAAGGGUUUUGGUUGCAAGGUGAACCGAAUAACAUGGGCGGAGAUGAGGACUGUGUGGAAAUGCAGCCUUCAUUACCACCCGAAAACAACUGGAAUGAUCACCCCUGUUCAGUACAGAAACGGUUGAUUUGUGAGAAGUAGAUCUUUAAAGAAAAAACACUUUCCUCUUUCUGUUCCUCUUUGGUGGAUCUGCUGAGACGGCGCUGGAACACUCGACUAAUCCACAUAAACGUAAACAGACACCGGAAACUCUUAACUUUCACUUUUCUGCCUUAUCAUACAGUCACUGGCUCAACAAUUUCAUUCUUGUUACUCAC